CUUACACAAUUAGACGUGACGGAAAGUUUCUGAGGUAGUCACUAAGAAAAGGCGUGAGUGUGUGUGUGUGCAUGACAAGGCAAGCUCAGACAUCUCUGCAAGGGUGACCAUUCAAAGGGGUUUUCCUCUGUUCUUCGCUUUGCUGAAGUUACCGACAGCAGGCAAGCAAUGGAUGUUGUAGAAAAGGAAGGCCUGGUAAUGAUUCAAGGAAUGAAAUUUGGAAAGAAGUUUUGGAAAAGGACUUGGAUGAUACUUUUCCAGCCCAGUUCUUCUGGCAUCGGCCGGAUAGAGCUGUAUGAUGUGCGGGAUGGGCCGCUGAGCUUCUCCAGUUCAGCCAGGCCUCCGGGCCUGAAGAAGAUGGAGAAGCGAGCCAUCCGUCUCUCCGACUGCCUUAGCAUUGUCCUCGCCCCCGAGGAGAGCUGCCCGACCGACUUCGGCGCCUUCGACCUGAACACCGCUCAGCGCACCUACACCAUCGCCACGCCGAUGGUCAAAGACUGGCUUCAGACUCUUUGUGAACUGGCAUUUCCGAAAAAUGAUGGGACUUCAGAUGCCAGGAAAACACUCAAAGAAGACACAUCCAUGGCAGAAAACGAACUCUAUUCAAGUUGGAAGUCAGGUCAGUAUCAGGUCAAAGUUCAACAGACAGGGGCUGCGACGCGGUGUUGUUUGGCAGGCAGCUAUGCUCUCUGUCCUGACACAGACUCCCUGUCUCUCCUGGACCUUGAGACUUCAAAGACCAUCUAUUGCUGGCCCUACCGACUCUUGCGCAGAUUUGGGACUUUAAAGGAGGGAGGUGUUACAAUAGAGGCUGGCAGGCGCUCCGAAUCUGGAGAGGGCCACUUUACUUUCUUAUCAAAGCAAGGGCCGGAGAUUUACCGGGCCAUGGAGGAGGCCAUCGCCCGUCAAAGCGGACGACUGGACCCCAGGCCAGCCCCACCCCCAGAGCCUGUGGCUUUGCCGGUUAUCCCCAAACCCCCAUCGUUCAGGGGCUCGAUGGCGCCCGCGGCGCUGUCACGCUGGAACAUCUCCCUGCCAGAGCUCCCCGCGAGACCCCAACCGCCACCCGCCAGCUCUCACAAGGACCUCUUCUCCGUCAUCGAGAUGCAGCCAAAGCCGAGGGCCCAGCCCAAACUGCCCAAGAUGCCGCUCAGCAUGCUCCCGAGCCUGCCGUCCAGUGACAGCAGGGACGAGAGCGAGGAGGAGAAGUACAGCUCCAUCGGGAAUGACUCUGGCCACCACCCCAACGACGAUUCUCUGGUUUACUCUAAGCUGAGCGGUCUUGAGGACAGUUACGAGGAGGCGCCAAGCAGCCAGGAGCAGGAUUGUGUCUACAGCAGAGUGGCGGACCAUCCACCUCCUCCUCCUCUUCCUCCUCCUCCAGCGCAGAGAAGAACUCUGGUCAGGACACUAGAGGAGAGGGUGGUGGAGGAGGAGGAGGAGGGAGAGGAGGAGGGGGAGAGGGCGAGGAGUGUGGAAGAAGGAGGCGCUCACGUUAUCACCACCACCUCCGAGAUCCCUGUCAACUUCAAACAAACACUCGCAAACAUCCUGUUCAAAGACCUGGCCAAGUUCCAGAUCCAACCUACUCUCCCCACAGAAAGAACAGAUUCAGAUGGCACCUUUUAUCCGAAGAACUUUGACAUGUGACUAGGGGAAAUAAAAACUAUAGAACAAUGCUCUGUGACCUAUUAUGAUAAAAAAAUACAACUAUGUUGUAAAUAACAAUUAAUUGAUAUAAGAAAUGAAUUAAUAUGUUUGUGUGGUAACUGGUGAGGAGUGUCCUGACCUUCCUAUAUGUCUGCUACUUGACACACACUAUGGUAAAGCACAUGUUUAAAAGAGAUAUACAUGAAUACAAAAUGAGAUUUACUUUAUUCAACAACUCAUUGAUUUGACAUAAAGACACUCAACUCAAUAAAAUACAUAAAUAGCU